ACCCAGAAACCUUCACUUUUUAUUUGGGUACAACGUACAAGGAACCUCACUCGACACUAAUAAAACUAAUGACCCUCAAACUAAAUAAAAAACCCUAUACCCUAUUAUUCAUGAACAGUCAAUCAAUAAAUCAACUCAAUUUCAUCAUAUUUGAACCGAAACCUGUUAUGUAAAAGAUUUAUUACUGUAAUUCGCAAGUAUUUCACAGCGUGUUGUUGUAGAGAAAAAGAAAAAAGGAAAGAGAAAUUCUUUUUUCGUCAGUCACGAUAUUGCCGGCGCCGAAAGCCAGACCUAUUUUUAUGAACAGAGCCACCGGCGGUACAGCGAGAAGAAUGAAGAAUAAGGAUGAAGAUACAGUUGCAAAUACCGAGAGUGUAAUCAUACACAUACCUGAAAAGCCACCCUUUUUGCCUCACCUCCAACCCACUGUGAAAGUUCAUGCUGCUGUGAUUGAACCUAAAGAUGCCAAUACUCUAGUCAGUUUGCAUUUUACUAUAAUCAGGAAGUUAAAUCAAAUUGCACCAUUGGAAAAUUUACGGCAUGUGAAGCGUGUCCAAAAGAAGUGCAUUGAUGGAGGAAAACUUCAGUUAUGUUUGCUUUUAUCUAUGGCUGUUGAAAAUGAUGGCGAGGUGGAUGCCAUGCCAUAUGAGAUUCUUGAGCUUGUCAAAUCAUACCAGUUGAGUACUUUCAUUACAAAAGUAUGCAAAUAUGCUGCAACAUCAAAAGAAGAAUGGGAUGAACAGUGCAAGCUCUGGCCUACUUCCUAUCAUCCGCCAACCUACAACAUCAGUGGCAUAACUGGAUUUACUGAAGAGGAGUCACAAUCAGUUCUCAGUUUCAUGAGACAUGCCAUUGAUUUGUCAACAUCUUGUGUUGGUCAGGUGGUCAAUGCUGCUGUUAUUGUAGAUCCUUCAACUAAGCAGGUGAUUGCAAGUGCUUCUGACUGGGUAAUAUCCUCAGCAAGUCCUGCAAAUAAGGUCAGCAAGGAAGGUAGCUGCUCUGACUAUCCCGAAAACCUCAAUUCCUCUAACUUGGAAAACCAGCAAACAUCACUUUUGGACAGUUCAAUUGGUGAAUUUGAACAUGUAAUUUGUAAUGUUGGUUGUCUACAUCCUUGGCGAUGGGCUGUGCAAUCGUUAAGUCCAAGCUCUGGUUGCUGGCAUCCUUUGCGUCAUGCCGCUAUUGUAGCUAUCGAGCAUUCUUCUGCCAGGGAUAGACAACUUUUUCCUGAUUACAAACUUAAUGGGGAGGACUCUAUCAAGGAGGAGUGCACACUGUCUCCUUCGAAAAGACAGAAGAUCACGGACUCUGACUUCCAAAGUAAUGACCAUAGUUCUGAAUCAGUCAGACCUUAUCUAUGCACUGGAUGUGACAUUUACCUGGCUUGGGAGCCAUGUGCAAUGUGCGCAAUGGCUCUUGUCCAUCAAAGAGUGAGACGGAUAUUUUUUUCCUUCCCAAAUUCCAAUGCUGGUGCACUAGGAAGUGUUCACAGAUUGCAAGGGGAGAGGAGCUUGAAUCACCAUUAUGCUGUUUUCAGGGUUGUUUUGCCUGAGGAGGUGCUCAGGAAUAAAGUUGUAGAUGCAAAAACUGAUGGGUAUGGUUGAAGCAAACACUAAUCAGCUUUUGAAGAGGUUCACAAUUCAAGUUACACUGACAACUAAAUAUUUGCCUAGUUGCUGAUGAUCUGUUCCCCUUAUUGGGUAUUCUGCCAAGUUCGCAAUACGCAUCAGGAUGGACAAGCCAAUUCUUGGAAUUGGACAGCUGUUGUAACUAUUCUUUAUUCAUAUUUACAGAGCUGUUGUAGCUUGACUGUAACAUAAAUGUGUGUUAGUACUGUAUCCCCCAUGCCAACUAGAGAGAUGAAAGAAAAAAGAAUUAUUUAUUUUGACUUUGAAAUCAUCUGCAAUAAGUUUGCAAAAAUUCUCAAGGGACAAGGUCUGGAGAUCAUUGAUUUGUCAUGCAAAUGGUUCCUUUGAGACAAUUCCUGUAUAUGACGAAUGCUUCUAUUUUUUGAAGCAUCAUUGAAUGAUUGUUCUGUCAAUUAA